AUGACAUCAAUUCAUCAAGUAAUUUUAGAUGGACGUCUGUCUCAAUUAAAUUUACUUAUCAAUAGAGUUGGUUGUAAUGUAAACGAAAAAGAUUUCUAUGGUCGAACACCACUUCAUUUAGCUGUUCUUUCUGAUCAAGAAAAUUAUGGUUAUCGAGUAGCACGUCUUCUUCNAUUUGACGAAACAUGGUGGAAUACUCAAUUAUCACGUUCAUCGGAUAUUAAUCAAUUAAUAAAUAUUGAAUGUAUUCUUCAAAAUUUUAGUCAACAAAUUUUACUUAUGAAAUGUAAUCAAUUAAUUGAUGAAUUAACAAAUGAUAUACUUAAUCGUUUGAAAUAUUUAAAACAUAUUGAAUAUAUAAGAGAUUUUUUUCUUUUUGAAAAUGGUUCAUUUAUGCAUCAAUUUGCUUUACGUCUUUAUUCAAAAUUAUCACAAACAAUCCAUGAACGUUUAGAUGCAUUUACUGUACUUGUUUCAUUUGAUAGUACACUUACAAUGUUUGGUCUUGAUAAAAAUUCAUAUCCAUUAAGUGUUGUAUUUCAAUCAUCAAAUGAAUCAUCAACAAUACAAAAAUAUAUUAUACAAAAUAUUCAAUUAAAAUAUGAUUUACCAAAAGAAUUAUUUAUUAUUAUUAAACUAGAACAAAUGGAAAUUUAUCAAAAAUGUUUUGCAUUUGUUCUUCAAGUUAAACAAGCAAAAUAUGUUCUUGAUCAAUUAGUUUUUAGUGAAUUUCGUGUUAAAUCUCGCAUUCGUAAUCAUCGAUUAUAUCGUCAUCAAUCAUAUCAUCUUCAUCAUGAAAUGUUUCUUUUACGUGCUCGUCUUCUUCAUGCUGUCAAUGCUGUUAAUAAUUUUGUUCUUACAACUUUUCAUACAUCUGGUGAACAAUUUAUUGAAAAACAUUCGAAUAAAUCAAUUGAUAUUGAAUCUAUGAUAAUGUAUCAUGACAAAUUUCUUACAGCUCUUUCAAUUGGUAGUUUAUUACAACCUAAACAACAAGCAAUACGUGAUCAUUUAAUGAAACUAUUUGAAAUUGUUACUAUAUUUGCACGUCGAUGGCAAUUAGGUUUUGAUUCGAUUAAAAUGGAACAUAUUAUUAAAUUAAAAACAGAAUUUAAUCAAACAAAACAAUUUAUUUCAAUUGUUCUUAAACCAUUUUUACCUCGAAUGAUUGAUUCACCAUUACGUGCACUUGCUUGUACACUUCAAGAUGAUUUCUAUUCUAAUGUUUAA